AUGGGAGAUAGGAAGGGGGUGAAAAAACCCUUAACAGACAAGGAUGUAUGGAGCCCAAGACAGGAAAGAGCAGAGAGUUCGAGGCCUCUUGAGGUCAGGUUUAAUGAGCCGGCAAAGCACUGGACUGAUGCUUUCCCCAUCGGUAAUGGCCGCUUCGGUGCUAUGGUUUGGGGUGGUGUUGCCACUGAAACUCUCAAUCUCAAUGAGGACACACUUUGGACUGGAACUCCUGGUUAUUAUACAGACCCUGGUGUUCCCCCCAUACUAUCUGAGGUCAGAAAACUUGUUGAUGAUGGACAAUAUGCAGCGGCUACCACAGCAGCGCUCAACUUGUCGGGAGAUCCAUCCAAUGUUUACCAGCUCCUGGGUGAUAUGAAGCUAGAGUUUGAUGAUUCUAAUGCCACUUAUGAUAAAGGAACGUAUAAAAGAGUGCUGGAUUUAGACACCGCAACGGUAAAAGUUGAGUAUUCUGCUAAUGAAGUAGAAUAUCUGAGGGAAUAUUUUGCCUCAAAUCCAGAUCAAGUGAUUGCGAUGAAGAUUUCUGGAAAUAAACUGGCACGUUUAAAUUUUACUGUAUAUUUAGACAGCAAAUUGCAUCACCAUUCAUAUGUAAACGACAAAAAUCAAAUUAUUAUGGACGGAAGUUGUCGUGGCAGAAGGAUUCCACCGAAAGUCUAUGGAAAUGACAAUCCUAUACUAAGAAGCCCGCCAAAAUCUAAUGAAAGCAGCAAUCCUCAAGGAAUUCAAUAUUCAGCUGUUUUGGAUUUGCAGAUUAGUAAUGGUGCAGGUGCAGUGCGUGUUCUUGAUGGCCGAAAGCUUCGAGUCGAGGGUUGCAACUCGGCCAUUAUCCUUCUUGUUGCAUCAUCAUCAUUUGAUGGGCCUUUUACCAAACCCGUGGAUUCAAAAAAGGAUCCUAAAUCUUCUUCAAUAAGUAAAAUGGAUUCAGUUAAAAGAUUUUCAUAUGCUGAUCUUUAUGCACGCCACAUUGAUGACUACCAAGCUCUUUUCCAUCGCGUCUCACUGCAGCUUUCAAAGAGCUCCAAGAAUGUGACAGUAAAUCCUUUAAGAGAAAACACAGAUGAGACCAUCUCCACUGCUCAAAGAGUCAAGUCUUUUAAAAUCAAUGAAGAUCCCUCUUUGGUCGAGCUUCUAUUCCAGUAUGGUCGAUAUUUGCUAAUUUCUUGUUCACGUGCUGGGACUCAGGUGGCAAAUCUGCAGGGGAUCUGGAACAAGGACAUAGAGCCAGCAUGGGAUGGUGCUCAACACUUAAAUAUCAAUCUUCAAAUGAACUAUUGGCCUUCUCUCCCUUGCAAUCUCAAUGAAUGCCAAGAGCCAUUGUUUGACUAUAUCUCAUCUCUGUCAAUUAAUGGAAAGAAAACUGCUGAGGUGAACUAUAAUGCAAGCGGUUGGGUUGCACAUCAAGUGUCUGAUUUAUGGGCAAAAACUUCUCCGGAUCGUGGUCAGGCCGUAUGGGCUUUAUGGCAGAUGGGUGGAGCAUGGCUCUGUACGCAUUUAUGGGAGCAUUACACCUAUACAAUGGACAAGGAUUUUCUAAAAAAUAAAGCAUAUUCCUUGAUGGAAAGCUGUGCUUCUUUUCUAUUGGACUGGUUGAUUGAAGGCCGUGGAGGAUUUCUUGAAACGAAUCCCUCAACCUCCCCAGAGCAUACUUUUAUUGCUCCUGAUGGUAAGACUGCAAGCGUGAGCUACUCAUCAACUAUGGACAUGGCAAUCAUUAAUGAAGUUUUCUCUUCCAUUGUUUCUGCUGCGGAGGUUUUGGGGAAAAAGGAAGAUGCUCUGAUUGCAAGAGUUCGCAAAGCUCAACCACGUCUUUAUCCAACCAAAAUAGCGAGGGAUGGUUCCAUCAUGGAGUGGGUGCAAGACUUUGAGGAUCCUGAGGUGCAUCAUAGGCAUGUAUCGCACCUAUUUGGCCUAUUCCCGGGGCACUCAAUUACUCUCGAAAAAACUCCCGACCUAUGUAAAGCAGCAGACUAUACCCUAUAUAAAAGAGGAGAAGACGGUCCAGGGUGGUCGACUGUGUGGAAAGCUGCUCUGUGGGCACGUCUUCAUGAUAGCAAUCAUGCAUAUCAGAUGAUCAAGCAUCUGUUUGAUUUGGUGGAUCCUGAUCGUGAAAGUGACUAUGAAGGAGGACUUUAUAGUAACCUAUUUACAGCCCAUCCCCCUUUCCAGAUUGAUGCGAACUUUGGAUUUUCCGCAGCAGUUGCAGAAAUGCUAGUUCAGAGCACGGUGAAAGACUUGUACUUGCUCCCUUCUCAUCCGCAGGAUAAAUGGGCAAAUGGUUGCGUUAAAGGCUUGAAAGCACGGGGCGGUGUUACAGUUAGCAUUUGCUGGAGUGAAGGAGAACUUGAUGAAUUUGGGCUGUGGUCAGAAAAUCAAAAUACUGUCAAGAGUUUACAUUAUAGAGGAAUUACUGCAACAGUAAAAAUAUCAUCUGCCAUAGUUUACACUUUUGAUAAGCAGUUAAAAUGUGUCAUGACUCAGUCUCUGUAUUGA